ACAGACAGACAUCUACAUACAAAUACACACACCAAAGACACAGCACACCUAAAUCAAACUCUAAAAUAACGAAAUGGCCAGCGACAAAGAGAAGCCUUUACCAAAUGUUCCUGAAGAAGAAGGAAGAGAGGACAAAGUUUAUGGAAAUGUUUUAACUGAACUUGAGUCAGUGGACUUGCCCCUGGGAACCACUUUAAGAUCGGUGUACGAUGACCAGCCCAACGCACACAAACGGUUUAUGGAGAAACUGGACGCCAGGAUACGUAACCAUGACCGCGAGAUCGAGAAGAUGUGCAACUUCCACCAUCAAGGCUUCGUGGACGCCAUCACGGAGCUGCUCAAAGUCCGCACAGACGCAGAGAAGCUGAUGGGCCAAGUUACGGACACUAACCGGAGACUGCAAGACGCCGGGAAGGAGGUGACUGCCCAAACAGAGGAGGUGAUUCGCUGCAGGAUUCAGCAGAGGAACAUGGCUACCACAGUGGAGAAGCUGCAGCUAUGCAUACCUGUUCUAGAAAUGUACAGCAAACUGAAGGAGCAGCUGGAGUCUAAAAGGUACUAUGCGGCUCUGAAGACCAUGGAGCAGCUGGAGAACAUCUACAUUCCCAGGGUGAGCCAGUACCGCUUCUGCCAGAUCAUGGCAGAGAACCUGCCCCGACUGAGGGAGGAGAUCAAGGAGAUCUCCAUGUCAGACCUCAAGGACUUCCUGGAGAGUAUCAGGAAGCACUCAGACAAGAUUGGAGAGACCGCCAUGAGACAGGCGCAGCAGCACAGAACGUUCAACAGUGCGGUGCAGAAGCAGGCCAGCCUGGGCGACACCAAGCCACUGUACUCCCUCAACGGACGCACCCCCAACCAGCACAACGGGCUGGCCCUGGAGGAGGGGGGCGAGGAGGAGGAGGAGGGUGAUGAGGAGGUGCGGGGCAGAUCUGCGAGAGAUCCACAGGUGUUAACGGCCCAGGAUCUGGUGGACUUCUCUCCAGUCUACAGGUGUCUCCACAUUUACACUGUCCUGGGUGACAGAGAAACAUUUGAAAAUUACUACAGGAAGCAGAGGAAAAAACAGGCCAGGCUCGUACUGCAGCCUCAGGCUAAUAUGCACGAGACGGUGGAGGGUUACAGGAGGUACUUCAACCAGAUCGUGGGUUUCUUCGUAGUGGAGGAUCACAUCUUGCAUGCGACGCAGGGACUGGUCACCCGAGCCUUCACUGAUGAGCUGUGGAACAUGGCCCUGUCCAAGAUCAUCGCCGUGCUCCGCACGCACUCAUCCUACUGCAACGACCCAGACCUGGUCUUGGAGCUGAAGAACCUGAUCGUCAUAUUUGCAGACACGCUACAGGGCUACGGCUUCCCAGUCAACAGGCUGUUUGACCUGCUGUUUGAGAUCAGGGACCAGUACAACGAAACCCUGCUCAAGAAAUGGGCCGUGGUCUUCAGGGAGAUCUUCGAGCAGGACAACUACAGUCCCAUCCCUGUAGACACGGAGGAGGAGUACAAGUAUGUUCUCAGCAGGUUCCCCUUCCACGACCCAGAGAUAGAGAAGCAGCAGUUUCCAAAGAAGCUCCCCAUGUCCCAGUCAGUGCCUCAGAUCUACACCCAGGUCAAGGAGUUCAUCUACGCCAGCCUUAAGUUCUCAGAGUCUCUCCACCGCAGUUCCACAGAGAUCGAUGACAUGCUGCGUAAAUCCACCAACCUCCUGCUGACCAGGACGCUGAGUGGCUGUCUGCAGAACCUCAUCAAGAAGCCCCACAUAGGACUGACUGAGCUGGUCCAGAUCAUCAUCAACACCACCCACCUGGAGCAGGCCUGUAAGUACCUGGAGGACUUCAUCACCAACAUCACCAAUGUGUCUCCUGAGACGGUGCACACCACGCGCCUGUACGGCCUGUCCACCUUCAAGGAUGCGCGGCAUGCCGCUGAGGGGGAGAUCUACACCAAGCUGAACCAGAAGAUUGACGAGUUCAUCCAGCUGGCGGACUACGAGUGGAGCAUGCCCGAGUCUGACGGCCGGGCCAGCGGGUACCUCAUGGACCUCAUCAACUUCCUGCGGAGCACCUUCCAGGUGUUCACGCACCUGCCGGGCAAGGUGGCCCAGACGGCGUGCAUGUCGGCCUGCAAGCACCUGUCCACCUCGCUGAUGCAGAUGCUGCUGGACACGGAGCUGAAGCAGAUCAGCAUGGGGGCCAUCCAGCAGUUCAACCUGGACGUCAUACAGUGCGAACUGUUCGCCAGCUCUGAGCCAGUGCCCGGUUUCCAAGGAGACACACUACAACUGGCGUUCAUCGACCUUCGACAGCUGCUUGACCUGUUCAUGGUGUGGGACUGGUCGACCUACCUGGCGGACUAUGGACAGCCCACCUCCAAGUACCUGCGAGUCAACCCUGCCACCGCCCUGGCACUGUUAGAGAAAAUGAAGGACACCAGUAAGAAGAACAACAUCUUUUCUCAGUUCAGGAAGAAUGACCGGGACAAGCAGAAGCUUAUUGAGACGGUGGUCAAACAGCUGCGGAGCCUGGUCAACGGCAUGUCCCAGCACUCCUAGACACGCACACACACACGUAUGGGGCACAAAGCAUGGGACGCACACAAACACACACACGUGGUGUACUGUGCGGACACGCGUGCUUCUACAAAACGGACACACACCCCGCUACACAGGAACACAUUCAGGCAGUCAGGGAUGAUCAUAAACACUUCUACAUGCAGUUGUAAACUAGAUUGAAUACAUUGUGUAAAAAAAAUAUUUACUCUCCUACACACACACACACAGAACGAAACAAAACAGUUUACUGAACUCUGUAAAGGAAAGACCAGUAAAAUUGUUUUUAAUGUAUUUUUAAUGGCUAUGAAGAGGACUAUGUUUUGUACAUUGUGAGAGUGCAAUGAUUGUAGCCCAGCCCCAGAGAGGGCUGGAGCUGGGAGUAGUGGGAAUGUAUGAAACGACACCGCUCAGAACACUGGACCAUGAAGUCUGACCCUGAGACUGAUGUUCUCCAUGGUACACACCUGGGACCAACACGCCUCAGAUACAUCCAAGUAGAUUGUAGAUGUGUUGGGUUCACCUCUUGAGUUUCCACCUAUUAGUACCUUACAGGUGGUGAUGGGGUCUGAGCCCCAGGUCUGUGAUCAUGAGGUUUCCCUUAAAAAAACAACCCCACAAUGCAAUACUGUGUGGAGUUUGUACUGUAAAUAUAUGAAGUGUAUGUUUGAGAAUACUGAACACUACGGAGAGAACUGUGUUCUCUGCUGGUCUGGCUUGAAUCCAACAGCUCUGAGGAAGUGGCAAAAACCAACUUGCAUGAUAAAACCUUGUUCACGACAUCUAAUCACCUAAUGGGCAGAUAUACUGUAACCUUACAGUUGUUAUACUGUGCCCUUACAGUUAUGAUACUGUUCCCUCACAGUAAUUUUACUGUGCCCUUACAGUUAAUAUACUGUACCCUUGUAACCUUGACAGUUAAUCCAUAGAAUAGUUCCCCAAUCAGUGUUUCUUCUAACAAGAAAGCAACCCAAGAUUAUGAUUUUAAUAUUAUUAUUAGAUGUUUCAACAACUAAUUCUUGCAUCAAAAAUUUGAUAUUUUUGUUCCUCAGGGUAAAAUAAAGCUUUAUAAACUCAUGCUAACAUAAUAUUUUCAGAUAAAAAGCAAUAAUUAAUUGGUUCCUUUAACAGCCUCUUCAGCAGGUCCGCUUAUCUUGUGAAAACAAACAAACAAAAAAACAUUUUAUAAUCGGGUUCUGUUUCUCUUUGGUCUGUGCUAUACUUUUACCAACCGAUUUGCACUGAAGAUUAUUUAAGUUUGCCUUUUUUAAAUAGUUGCUUGUAAAUGUCAUGUACAUACUGCAUAUUUUGUAAAGAAAAUGAUAAUGCAGUUUCUCUGCUACAAAUAAAAAAGGAGAUGUAUUGUUGUGGAAGAUGAUGCUUCUCCUGAGCCUAACUAUUGAAUUAGCCUUUGACUUUUAUCGAUAGCAGUCAGCGAUGCCCCUUCCGUGGAGCGGCGGUUGUCCCUUUCCUUUCUAGUCCCAUCAUGAAAACAGAAAUGCAAAUAAUAAAUCCCGUAAAACAUUCCAAUGAAUAUUAAGUUAAGAAUGUCCAUAACGAUUUCAACUGGUAUUAGAGUAUGCUGCUGCCUGCCAUGGCUGUAGACAAGAAACCCCCCCCCCCCCCCCGACUGAGAUAUUCUUCUGUUUCUAUUCGUUUUUAUUUGUGUGCUGUAAUAAUAAAAUACAACAAAUGUGUUCACUCAUA